AUGUCAGAUAAAAUUAUCCUUGGUUAUUGGAAUACACCUGGCAAAGCUCAACCUUCAAGAUACUUACUUGAACUAUCGGGAGUUAAAUAUGAAGAAGUGAGAUACUCUUAUCCUGCUGCAGAAUGGUUUGGUAGAGACAAAUAUGCUUUGGGAUUACCUUUUCCUAAUUUGCCUUAUCUCUUAGAUGGGGAAGUAAAAAUCACUGAGAGUGAAACCAUUUUUGACUAUUUAAUUUAAAGAUUAAAUAAAGUUGAGCUUUUAGGUUAGGGAAACGAUAAAUACAUUGUUGAUAAUCUUAAAAACCUGUUUUCUGAUAUUGGAACAAGAAUGUACAUUUAUAGCUAGAAGGAGGGAGAAGAAUAAACUAAAUUCUUAAGUGAGUAAAUCCUUCCUAAAAUAAGAGACAUUCAUAAAUUUUUAGGAUAAAAAGAGUACUUACUAGGAUAUUUUACAGCUGCUGAUUUGUAUUUUUUAUGCUUUGCAAAAGGUUUUAAAAAUACUCUUCCUGAUUCUUACAAUGAAUUUGCUGCAACUUUUAAUCCAUUGAUAUAAAGACUUGAGAAUAUCCCCUAAAUUGCCAAGUAUAUUUCUGAAGGUCGUCAUCCAUGA